AACUACAACAUUAAGAGAGAGAGAGAGAGGAUGAGUGGAGUAGGAAAGGUGGUGUGUGUUACUGGAGCUUCUGGUUACAUAGGUUCAUGGCUAGUGAAGGUCUUACUACAAAGUGGAUAUAUUGUCAAAGCCACUGUCAGUAAUCUAAGUGAUUCAAAGAAAACGGAUCACUUGGUUGCUCUAGAUGGAGCUGAAGAAAAACUUCAUUUAUUCAAAGCAAAUUUAAUGGAAGAAGGCUCUUUUGAUACUGCUAUCAAUGGAUGUGAUGGGGUUUUUCACACAGCUUCUCCUGCAAUUCUUUCAGCCAUUGACCCUCAAGCAGAAAUAAUAGAGCCGGCAGUGAAGGGAACACUGAAUGUUCUAAGGUCAUGUGCAAAAGCUCAAUCUUUAAAGAGAGUGGUUAUAACAUCUUCCUUUGCUUCAGUUUUAUUAAAUGGAAAAAAACUUGCCCCUGAUGUGGUUGUUGACGAGACAUGGUUUUCUGAUCCUGUUCUUUGUGAGAAUUUGAAGCUAUAUUAUCCACUUUCGAAAAUUCUAGCCGAGGAGGCUGCUUGGAAAUUUGCAAAAGAAAAUCAGAUCGAUUUGGUCACUAUUCAUCCAGCAUUAGCACUUGGUCCUCUCCUGCCACCAGUUAUUAAUAACAGUGUGGAGCUGAUUAUGAAUCUUGUUAUUAAUGGACCUCAAACGUUUCCAAUUAGUGUUUGUGGAUUUCUUGAUGUUAGAGACGUUGCAAAUGCACAUGUUCAAGCAUUUGAAGUUGCUUCAGCUAGUGGAAGAUACAAUCUAGUUGGAUGUGUUGCACACAUUUCUGAUGUUUUAAAGAUUUUAAAAGACCUCUACCCUGCUUUGAAUAUUCCUGAAAAAUGUGAAGUAGAGGCACAACCUCUAAUGCCAAAGUAUCAAGUAUCAGAUGUGAAAGCAAAGAGUCUGGGAAUCAAUUACAUUCCAUUGGAAGUGAGCUUGGGAGACACUAUAGAAAGCCUCAAGGAAAAGGGCUUUCUUAAUAUCUAAUAAUAUUUCAUUGAUAUAUAUAUAUAUAUAUAUUUAUAUAUCAGAAUUACAAGGCUUAUAUAAAUCAAUAAUGUAUCACCUUUUUUCUAGAGUCUAAAUGACAUUACAGAAUUGGCAAACACAAUUAGAGAACAGGCUAGUAAUCCAAAAUAACUGAGAUUAUGCAACUAAACAUAAAUAUAUAUAUAUAUAUAUAUAUAUAUUUAAUUAUACUUAAUAAAGCCUUAUUUUUGUUGACAUUGGAAAGAAAAAAGUACAAUGCAAAUCUGUAUUUUGAAUAUAUAAUUAGAUAAAACAACUACAAUAUUAAUUAGUCCUCAAGGCUAUGAAUAAAAACACAGAACAUAGAUCUUGAGAGAGUGUGUGUGAGAGAGAGUGAGGAUUAUUGGAGUAGGAAUGGCCCUAAGUAUAGUCCCACAUUUUGUAUGGAUAUCAUUUUUUUUUCUCUACAAAAGGCUCCAAAAUUGUUUAAAAAUACUAUUUUAUAUAUAAUUUUUUUUUUCAAAAUAUAUAUCAUAUAUUUUGAAUAGGACUCUUCAAGAUAUCGGGUCCUAAUUAAGAAAGGUGGUGAGAUUGCAUGGUUUGGUAAGAGUCCUGGUAAUAAAUCAAGACAAGAGCUAUUUACUCUCUAAAAUGAAUACGAUAAUAUAUUAGGAAUGAAUCGAAGAGGGACAUUAUUGGGUCAGUAGUUAGGUAUGGUAAUUGUGUAAUUUUUAGUCCAAUUUUACAUACACCUUCUCGCUAAAAAAUUUCUUCUCUCCAAAAGCUCUCUUCUUUCUCUCUAAGUGGCUGAACAGCCCAUGUGUUUUUCUAUGAUUUUCUUUCAUCAAUUUCCCCAUAAAUACUCAUAAUUCAUCUUUUUCUUCUAUACACCGUCUUCAGUGUACUUGUGUUUGAAGUUAGAGAAAAGUUAGACAAUUAAAGGUAAAAAUUUUAACUCUACUUUGUCAAAGUUGAGUAUAUACUGAUUUGUAGUAUUAUGGGAAGUGUUUUUUUUUUACUUAUGGACAUUCAAUAAUGGAAGUUUUAUUUGUCCUUGUGGCCAAAAAAAAUUAUUCUCGUUAAUGAUUCAUACGCACAAUUCUGAGUAGUUUAAAAAUAAAAUUAGAAGUUGAUCACAUUGGUGCAUGAUAACCAUAACACAAGUUGUUCUCUUUAGCUUCCUUUGCUCUAAAAGCUGUUACAUUAGUUGGUUAGUUGUAAAUCUGUUAUAACAGCUGAAGAUUAGAAAUUUGUUUUCUUUUAAUCAAUUCUUGUAAUACCUUGUAAGUACUCAGCUAUAAAUAAAAGGCAGUCCUCAUUUUUUUCUGGUUGUAAUAAGAACAACCUUCUGAGGAAUUUUACUCAAA